GUGUGCAGGAUCCUCAGCAUGAGAAGAUAAUUACUGUGACUACUAAUGGAAGUAUUCACAGCCCCAAGUUUCCACACACAUACCCACGCAAUACUGUACUAGUGUGGAGAUUAGUAGCAGUAGACGAAAAUGUAUGGAUACAGCUUACUUUUGAUGAAAGAUUUGGGCUUGAGGACCCAGAAGAUGAUAUUUGCAAGUAUGACUUUGUGGAAGUUGAAGAGCCUAGUGAUGGCACUGUUUUAGGGCGCUGGUGUGGUUCCAGUACUGUGCCAAGCAGACAAAUCUCCAAAGGAAACCAGAUCAGAAUAAGAUUUGUAUCUGAUGAAUAUUUUCCUUCUGAACCUGGAUUCUGCAUCCAUUAUACACUUCUUAUGCCACACCACACAGAAGCACCUAGCCCAUCAUUGCUACCCCCAUCAGCUUUGCCAUUAGAUGUAUUAAACAAUGCUGUCGCUGGAUUCAGUACUGUGGAAGAUCUUAUCCGGUAUCUUGAACCAGAUCGGUGGCAACUGGAUUUGGAAGAUUUAUACAGGCCAACGUGGCAACUUCUUGGAAAGGCAUACAUUCAUGGGAGAAAAUCAAGAGUGGUUGAUCUCAACCUCUUAAAGGAGGAGGUGCGGCUCUAUAGUUGUACCCCUCGCAACUUCUCAGUGUCACUGAGGGAGGAGCUGAAGAGAACAGAUACCAUCUUCUGGCCAUUGUGUCUCCUGGUUAAACGUUGUGGUGGAAACUGUGCCUGCUGUCAACAGACCUGCAAUGAGUGCCAAUGUGUGCCAACAAAAGUCACCAAAAAAUACCAUGAGGUUCUUCAGCUGAAGCCAAGGAUUGGUGUCCGAGGAUUGCAUAAAUCAUUAACAGAUGUACCCUUGGAACACCACGAGGAGUGUGACUGUGUGUGCAAAGGGAAUACUGAAGGAUAAACAUGAUUUAAUUGUGCUGUUUUCUUUCAAAGCACAUUCAAUCAAUGGCUGAUUCUAUUAUGGGGCUUGUGCAUUAUCUCCUUCUGUAAUCUCAGUUGUUUGCUUUGGGGAUCUUCCAUCUUCAAGAUUUACAGUGAGCUCUAAAAAGAGGAGAAACCAAACUGGGAUUAUAUGUUGUGUGACAGCUCUGUUUGGAGGCCCAGUGAAAGGAUGGGAGAAAGGCAUCAAUGAGGGAUUUAAAACAUAUGUAUUGUUGUUGUUCCCCACAAUUUUCUUGACAAUACAUGGAUUGAUAAUUUAGGAGUAAAAAUAAAGUUAGAAGGCUGACAUCAUGGAGACUUGAUCCUGCUGGCUGUCUCAUUUCUACAGCUCCAGUACAUCUGGCCUCUGGUUGAAAACACCCGAAAUCUUUCUUUGUGUUCAGCUACUCCUAUAUGUACUCUAAAUCAAAGCAUUCUCUGUUGUAUAAACUUGGGUUAAACCAGACUGUCUUGUUCCGAAUGAAACUUCAUUUGUCUGAUGCUGGUAGGAAGGACUGGAUUUUUCAUAUGCUCUAGUAAAGCUCCUGCCUUUUAGAAGAAAGACUGGACAAUAACACGAGCUAAGGAAGCAAACAUUGAAAAGAACAGCGCCUUUAUUCUUACUACUAUGGCUGACGAUUUUUUGUUUGUUUGUUUGUUAUUUUUCUAUUGUGUACAUUUUUAUACUCUCCUUUUGACAAUAUAACUAUUUGCUUUUCUAAACUUGUUAAAUAUAUCUAUUUUUACCAAAGGUAUUUAAUAUUCUUUUUUUUUAUUA